AUGCUGAAAUAUCGUGUCACCAGGUACCCAGGCGGAACUCCCGAAACCAAACCGAGGAGCGCUCAUCGUUGCGCGACGUUGUCCCCGAGUAGCAGGAGCGGUUUCGGCUCGAAUUCGUCUUUGUCCAGUGGAAGCGCCUGCGGAAGUGCCAGAUACAAAAAGCCGGCACCGAGACCGCCCAUACCCUCAUUCAGGCUUGGCGAAUCUCCUGGCAGUUCGCUGACGUCGAGUCCCUGCCAUAGUACGUAUCAUUCACCCAGGUCCACGCCCAAAUAUCGAAAGACCAAGAAGGCUCCUCCUCCACCAGUUCCCGUUACGACCGCGUCAUCAACCCCAUGCAAGAAAGAACUUUUCCAAAAUAAUCUGAACGUGGAGAGUAGAAAGUUAAUGAGUAAUCGGAUAUCGAUAAGUCCGAUCAUCAAUGAGACGGGAGAAGAAGCAGAUCGUGAGAAUGAUGUUGAAAAGGAAAAGUUGGUGAAGGAUGAGACGAACAGAACGCGACAAGGUCAAGAAAUAAACAAAAUUUCUUCAGACAAACCAGUUAGCUUGCCAGACAAAAACGCGAUGGGCAAAGGGAAACGCCGCAAAGGACCUGCCCCCGUUCGCCCUAUCAUUACACGAAGAACAUACAAGUGCCUACCGGUCGCCGAGAUCAAAAAAGAGCUGGAGAUGAUAGAGAUUCAACUACAGGGUGUGGAAAGACAAGGUGUCCGGCUAGAGAAAAUUAUCAGGCAGAAGUGUGAGGGAAGUGGAGAUAGCAAUCCUGACGCCGACCUGCCUAUUGAAGUGGAAGAUCUGAUACUACAACUAUUCGACGUGGUGAAUGAGAAGAACGAGCUCUUCAGGAAGCAAACUGAACUUAUGUAUCUACGUCGUCAGCAACGGUUGGAAGAGGAGCAUGCGGAAGUUGAAUAUCAGCUAAGGUGCCUAAUGUAUCAGCCAGAAGCCAACAAAACUGAUUCCGACAAAGCCAGGGAAGGACAGCUACUACAAAGGUUGAUCGAAGUUGUAGAAAAAAGGAACGAGAUCGUCGAAUGUCUGGAAGCUGAUCGAAUUCGAGAGGUACGAGAGGACAGCAGUAUCAGUGACCACAUCAGCCUGUACACUACAAAAAGGGAUGAAAAAUCGGAAUCGGACAAGUCCGCAAGGGAAAGGGAGAAGGAUAAGAAGAAGAAGCACAAGACGUUGAAAAAGCUCUUCAAAGUCGACACUGUCAAACACUCAGCCGCGGAUGAAUCGUCUAAUGAUGCUUCGUCAAAGAAGAAUGCGACGUUGAAGAAGGACAAAAAAAGAUUCGCUUUAUUUUAAUAUCAGAAUGUUGCCAUCGUUUAUGAAUAAUUGUUAGACAGUUGAACUGUUCAAAAGGAGCUGUGCUUUAAGUUGUUUUUAUAAGAAUUACUCGUUUCUACUUACGGUUACUUAUAUUUUGUGAUUCUAUUCAUUUGAUAAAUAAAAUUUACUUCUUUAAGAUUAAA